UACGCAGGUGGAGCCGCCGUUGAGCUUUUGUCAUCGCAGGCUUCAUGCGGCGCGGAUCUAUUCUCAAAUCGGACAUAGACCUGGUAGAUCCCCGUUUCUGACACUGGUAGUCAACGGCAUAUGCCAGUAUACUAAAUGCGAACACAACGCGACAGAGCAUCCUCUCCCCGACCACGACCGUUGGCAUGCUACAUACCUGGACACAGUCAUCAGCUAUCAGCGCAAGUAGUUAGCGUAGGAGAGGUGCGUUGCAAGCUUCCGCUCAUGGAACACCUUCUAACAUGUCGCAAUGCAUCGUGAACAACAUCUUCUGGUUGUCGAUAUACGACAUUGCCAGAGGAACUUUUUCGAGCAGUGCGACUGAGCCAGCGACCAAGUACAAACCCCCACUUCCCGAUCCAGCAUGUCUAUCCACGAAUCUGGGACACAUUCCAGAAGCGCCAAGCCUGGAAGGCGGAAAUCCUACACCCCGAAUACCGAUAUCUCACUGCACGGUGACGACACUUCUCAUUGCCGCAAUCUACGCGCGCGGCGCUUUUGGAGAUUUUGAUAACCGUAUCGGGCAUAGUAACAGAAAGUCUGGAGCUCCAUAUGUACAGAUGCUAAUGGCAAGCGGCUGAGGCUUUUCGCCCUUGUUGUGGCACAACCGUCAGAGGCUUCAGUCAUGUCCUCUAGCGUGGACAUUCUUAGAUCUACGUCAAAUCAAAGCCCAAACGAUGAUGAAUUGCCGCAAGCAGAAGCCGCGCUGACUCCAUGUCGAUCGUUGGGUUGCUGUCUCAGGUACUCGCUCUCCAGUUAACUCCGAUAACGUGCUCCAGCUCCGUCGGCCGAAUUCACAACGUGUUGUACGAAUUCAAGUGGAGUAUGCUAGCGAGAGGCUUGAUCUCUAGCGAUCGCACUAGCAAAUGGUCUCCGUACGAGCCGCGCAGAAUCCCUUUAGUUAAGUAGAUA